UCCCCUCCCUCCCCUCCCCGUCCCCUCUCCCCUCCUCAGGCCCGCGCGUCUUCCUCCCGCACGCGCCGUCGUUAGCCGAGCGCUCGCCGGUGCGCGCCUUCCUUGUCCCCCUGAGGCAGCGGGGCCGGGCGCGACCCUGCUCCACGCUCGCGCUCCCCGGCGAGGAGCGUACCACCGUUCCCCCGGAGCACGGGGGGGAAGCCGGCCGCCCUGCCGCCCGCGCCUCGGCGACCCCGCGGGGCUGAGGCGACGCCGCACCCGGCAGCCUGAGCGCACAGCCGGCCUUGACCCAGAGCUCGGAGCCGCGAGCGCCGCGCCCUCCGCCGGCCCCACCCAUCCGGACCGCGGCCAUGGCCGAGACCGAGGAGCGGAGCCUGGACAACUUCUUCGCCAAGAGGGACAAGAAGAAGAAGAAGGAACGGAGCAGCCGGGCGGCCAACGCGGCGAGCGGCGCGGGCGGGAGCAGCGCGGCGGCGGGCUCCAGGCCGGGUGACGGCGGGAGCUUGGGCUCCGGCGCCAGGUCGGGCGACGGCGGGAGCUCCGGCUCCGGCGCCAGGUCGGGCGACGGCGGGAGCUCGGGCUCCGGCGCCAGGUCCGGAGACGGCGGGAACUCGAGGUCCGGAGACGGCGGGAGCGCGGGCCCCGCCGGCAAGGCCAUAACGAAGGAUGAAAAUGAGUGGAAAGAAUUUGAGCAAAGAGAGGUUGAUUACAGCGGAUUAAGAGUUCAGGCAAUGCAAAUAAGUGAAAAGGAAGAUGAUGAUAAUGAAAAGAGAGAAGAUCCAGGAGAUAAUUGGGAAGAAGGUGGAGGUGGCAGUGGAGCAGAAAAAUCUUCAGGUCCCUGGAAUAGAACCGCUCCGGUACAAGCGCCUCCUGCUCCAGUAACAGUUACAGAAACCCCGGAGCCAGCAAUGCCCAGUGGUGUAUAUAGGCCUCCUGGGGCAAGACUAACCACGACAAGGAAAACGCCACAAGGACCACCAGAAAUAUACAGUGACACGCAGUUCCCAUCCCUGCAGUCCACUGCCAAGCAUGUAGAGAGCCGGAACAGGGAUAAAGAAAUGGAGAAGAGCUUUGAAGUAGUGAGACACAAAAAUAGAGGUAGGGAGGAGGUUUCAAAAAACCAGGCCCUUAAACUUCAGCUAGACAACCAGUAUGCUGUGCUUGAGAAUCAGAAGUACAGCCACACACAGUACAGCUAAGGAAUGGUCUUUGCUAAGCCUUCCAAGAUAACCAGACCACAGCUAACCACCAAGAACAGCCAUUCAUCGUUUUGAUUUCUGGAUCUACAGUGACUGACUGAAGACCUCAAGUCCAGUGACUGUCCCUGUUGCACUAUGGAAGUUCAAGAGUCACGACUGAUCUUGAUGUGUGUUGGAUUUAGGGGUGUUUCAUUGUCUUAAAUAUUUGUGAAUUAGAUUCAACAGUGUUUCCAUAGUUGCUCUGCAUAUAAAACCAAACCUGCGGCCAGUGGUCAUUCAAACAUCUUUAUGUUCAGAUACUGAGCCUUUGCAAGGUUGACUACCUCAGAUUUGCUGCCCUUAGUUGUGGAUUUCAUGUGGAUCACAACUUCUACAUAAGGUUACAGCUACUAGUGUCUGUGUGAACCUUGAAACCAACUCUACUGGAUUCCUGUCAGAAAGCCUUCAGAAGUCAGCCAUCUGGGUUCUGAUCCGCUNUAAAAGAUGAAGAGUUAAGUGACCUUAAAUUAACCUGUUCUGUGCCCCAUCCUAAGGAAUACUCUAUNGGCUGUGGCUAUGUUAGACUUCCUGGAACAAGCCGCUGUCAGAAAUGAUGUGUUUGGAUCAUCUGUGUGGGGCUUAUGAUUUAUAAUUUAAGUUUUUAGUUGUAUGAGGUAACUGGAUUUAAUUCAACCAAACUCGGGUCCACCAAAUGGGGAGUGGGUGGGGGGGUAGUCUUGUUUCUUUGAAUAAUUUUUCAUUCAGAUANUGCUUGUUUGGUUCCACAUUAAGGCCUUGCUUUGACUUGGAGUAUGUUCUUUAAGGGCAUAUUGUGUGGAGAAAUAGUCUGAAAGAAGCAUUGGAAUUGUGAAAUGCCCUAUGAAUUUGCCAAUCCUUAGGUGGAACCAGAUAGCCUUUGAUACAUAUAAAGGACAGGGGAUCCGCUGCACUCCAGGUGCUGCUCAAGCCUCCUAAUCAGGUAUAAAUUGAACUGCUGUGGAUGGAGUGUGGCGUCUGCUCAGGAGUGGGUUUCACUGACCUGGCUUUUAACAGUUUAAAGCAACAGGAGCAAAACACCAAGUUGCGCAUGCAUCUGGCAUGCUGUCUGAUAAAUCCUUGUGUGUGCCCCAAAUGUGAAGGUCAUGGGCUGUUCUGUAGAUCCAUUGUUUAGCCAGCUCUUGACAUUCACCUUGGGAGUAUGUUUGGUAUCACUUGGAGAGGCAGGGGAAUAGCCAGNAAUGUAGCAUUUCUGUUGUUAGUAAUUUCAAUUUAACUACCUAGUAGUACUUGACUCUUAGAAGAGGUUACUGCUAAAUUUCUUUCCACCUAAUGAAAUAGCCUGUCAGUUACCUACUUGUCACUACAGAUGGUUNAGUAUACAUACUCUAUGUUGACAUAUGACUAUGUGAUACGAUGGCAGUGCCUGGGUUUCUCUCUAAACGAAUCCCUUUGCCAAACACAGUUCAGACUUGCUCACUACUGAUAGGAAUGGAACAGGAAAUGGAUGUUUUCCCAGCUUGACAGCAUGUUUAGUGGAUUUAGUGCAGCAAUGUAGGCCAGUGUCUCCUGACCAGACUGGAUGCCACUUCUGGGCAAUAAUGUUGGCAUUAUCUGAACCAGCCAAGAGGAGGUUGGGUGAUUAGAGGCUUGAGAGUCUUAGUUAAACUGAAGACUUAAUUUGGGCACCAGAAACCUUAACAAGUAAUCUCACACCUUGAGCCACAAACUUCCCUUAAAGUAUGCUUUACCCCAGCUAGACACACAUACACACAUUCUGUUUGGGGUUAUGGUUUAAGACAUGAACAGAGACAUGAUGAGGUUUGUUUAAUGGCAUACUGUACUGGAACGCUGAAGACCCGCAGCAGAUGUAAAUUCCAAGUCUUGUUAUAAUUUUUUUUAAGAUUGUGAAAUUAUCAAAAUGCAUAUGAAUCAAGUUUUAAUGCACUGUCUGGGUGGAUGAGGCUGUCCAUUGCACCAUUUCUUUCUUUGGGUUCUCAGGCAUGGCUCCGACAGUGUAAGAACUCUGUAACAUUUAACAUUGAAUAAACAGUAAACCUAUGGA